AUGCUCCUUGCUGCGUGCAUGCGUCCAUACUCCACCUAUUCCCAUUCACUCCCUGCCUUCCCACCUCUCGGAUGUCUACCUCUCCUCCUCCCUGCUCCUCCCUGCCUCCCUGCCAUGCAGGUGCUUGGUCGCCUGGCCUCACGGCUGUCAGUGGUGCUGCAGGGGAAGGACAAGCCCAUCUACUCGCCCAGCAUUGACAAGGGCGACGUGUGCAUUGUAGUGAACGCAGGUUGGUACAUCGGAGGUCUAAAGGAGCGAACCCUCAAGGAUCAGAUGGCAAAGGAUCCCAAGGAGGUCAUUCGCAAAGCAGUGCUGCGCAUGCUGCCCCGCAACCGACUCGUGGAUCCACGAAUGACGAAGCUGAGGAUAUUCGAGGGGGGCAGUCACCCAUUCGAGGACAUUCCUGCGAGGGAGGAGGCGAAGCCUGCCCAGCUCCCUCACCUGCUCCCACCUCCCAGAACCGUACUCUACCCCCAACCAUCACUCUUCCUUCUGCAUGCCCCCCCUUCCCCCCAGCCGCGCAUGACGAAGCUGAGAAUAUUUGAGGGGGACAGCCACCCAUUCGGGGACAUGCCUGUGAGGGAAGAGACAAUGCCGCUAAGAAAUGUGAGGGAGAUGCGACCCAGGGAGAGGCGCGCUGCUGAUAAAGCCGCUCGUGCUGCUGCUGCCAAGGGCCUAGAUCCGGCGGUGACGGCGGUUGCUGCGGUGGAGGAUGACGUCUGCACCAUGGGCCGUGCUGCGCUGGCGCUGGUGACGGCGAGGAGCACGAGGAGGGAGAGAGGCAGGAGCAGCUUGCGCGCUGCGCGCGGCCACGAGUUACUCGCCAUCGUCGAGAUGCCUUGGGAUCGUCGCAGUAAAUGCCGUACGGAUGAGAGCAGGCCCGUUAAUAGUGCUAAGGAAAAAGCCGUUAAAUGGAAAGCCGGUUGA